CAAGAAGUAUUUUUUUAUGUGUUGCGAGGACAAGUGCACGGUGCACGGUCAUAGGAACGUGAUGUAGAGCUUCUCUUUGUGAAAUCUCAUUAUAAUUUUGCUCACUGUAAAAGUUACUUCCGCUUAUUUUGUGUCUAGAAAUGAUUCGCGUGAAAUUGAUGAAUGAAUUCAGUUCCCCAUGACAUGGCAAUGAAGGUAGAUGUUGGCUUGGAUAUGACUGCAGACAGCAUUGGACCUGUAGCAGAAAAAGCCCGAUCAACCUGCGGCAUGGAGACCUGUGUGGUUUGUGGAGACAGAGCCUCUGGCCGUCACUAUGGCGCCAUGAGUUGUGAGGGUUGUAAGGGAUUUUUCAAACGAUCCAUCCGCAAGCAUCUUGGAUACCAGUGCCGCGGAAGUAAAAACUGCGAAAUCACUAAACACCAUCGCAACCGUUGCCAGUACUGUAGACUGCAGAAAUGUUUGAACAAAGGUAUGCGCUCUGAUUCCGUUCAACAUGAACGCAAACCUGCUAGUGACCGCAGGGAGAAAGAACGUGAGCAGCGAGAAAGAGAGAGGGAAAGAGAUCAUUUGUUGGAUAUGAGUAUGGCAGCAGCACUUGCUUUUCCCUCGGACAAUAAACUGUUCAUGCGUAAAGACUUGGCAGACGCUGCUGCUGAAGCAGCUCUGAAUGUGGGAAUGGCAUUUUCAGGAGCCGGAGCUGCACCUCCUCCUUAUCAUAUGGGAGAGCUUGAUCUCUCUGCUUCCCCUUUCAGCAAAAUUUCUGACAGCUAUCACUUGAAUCAAACAGAUUCUGGGGAUUGUGGUGAUGAUGACUCUCAUGAUGGGGAUGAAAACAAAAGUCUGAUGUCUGCAGCCUUGGACCGUCUCGCUGAGACAGUUGAGGCCGGAGUUGAAGACAGUGAACUUUCUGAUGAGGAUGAGUCUCAACUAGUUGUUGAGGGCCCUCUACUAGUUGAGCAUCAUCUUUCGUUCCUUACAUCUGCUCCCACUCUUCCUUCUGGCCCACCACCAAAUGCACAUGUUGUCUGUGAAAGUGCUGCCAGACUGCUAUUUCAGUCUGUGCAUUGGGUUCGCUCAUUGCCAGCUUUCCAGCUGCUGCGCUCUGGCACUCAACUGGGGUUGAUGCGAUCAUGUUGGGCUGAAUUAUUUGCUUUGGGUCUUGCACAGUGUGCCCGUACGCUCCGUCUCCCAUCGUUGCUCUCAGCUAUUGUUCAACAGCUUCAAACUUCUAUGGAUAAGGUGGAAGAAGAGUGUAUGGCAGCAUCUAUGGAACAUAUUUUAAGACUCCAGGACUUGGCUGGAGCUUUUGGCCGCUUGGAUCCAGAUGAACGCGAAUAUGCCUGGCUGCGUGUUCUUAUUGUCUUUGGCGCAGAUCCACCUGGAUUGACACUCUCGGCAAAGAGAAGGCUUGAGGCAGUUCAAGACAGAGCUUGUCAAGAGCUUAGAUCACAUAGUUCUAACGAUCGUGUUUGCAAAUUACUUUUGCGCCUCCCAGCUUUGCGUGCUCUUCAGCCACCUGUCAUGGAGGAUCUGUUUUUCACCAGCCUGAUAGGAAGAGUUCAAAUGGAACGUGUCUUGCCGUAUAUCCUUCGCAUGCAGCCAGAUAGCGAUAUGGGUGAUAUUGGCUGCAAGCAGGAGCGUAGAGAUGCCAGUGAUGGAGAAGACUGAGGCUAAGAUCUUACAGUUUCAGAAGUACUAUUUGUUAUCUGGGUUAAUAAUUGUAAUGCUAUAAGCUUUAUAUGAAAAGAGCAUCCCUCAAGGUAUCUUCUCACAAAAUUGCUCUAUUCCCAUCUGUGCAUCAGUGAUUGGUGUUUUCAGUUAUAAAUAAUAGAACUCUUGUAUAAACUUUGAGGGCUUGUGAUGGGUUUCUUACAAAUUUUAUGAAAAAGUGGUU